UCUUCUUGCGGCCAACGAUUAUGCAUGAGUGUAACCGCCGUGUUGCCCUCGCUCCAUCAGAAUGUCAUCGACAUUCACCUUUCAUCAUUAAUUCGAACUCAUUCACUACUCUGUCUUCCUCAGCCAUUUCUCCACGAUAUCAAAGAUAUGUCAGGCGAAGAUGCAAAAUAAGAAACCCUGCCCAAGGUACUGAUAGCUGGAGCUGGUCUUGGAGGCCUUCUGCUAGCAAUUCUUCUAGAACGCACCAAUAUCCCGUAUCAUAUCUAUGAGCGAGCGUCGGAACUGCGGGCUCUUGGCUCCGUUAUGACUAUGGGCGCGAACAUCAUCCCGGUGUUUGAACAGCUCGGUUUGCUGGAGGAAUUCGAAAAGCUAUCGCUGCCUUGCCUAGGGGUGGAUUUCUACAGAAUCGACAGGAAGAAACUUGGGAUCAUGGACCUCAAGAGCCGAAAACCCGUUACAGGAUAUGAUAGUCGGAUUUUCGCUAGGCCAAGACUGUAUGAGCUCUUCCGAAAGCAGGUUCCUGCGAACAAGAACAGCCUGAACAAAAAGGUCGAUCGUAUGGAGGAAAAAGACGGCAAGGUGUUCAUCCAUUGCUCGGACGAUACGGUAUACGAGGGCGACAUUCUCGUUGGAGCUGAUGGUGCGUACAGCGGUGUGCGACGCAGUUUGUACGAUCAGUUGGACAAGAUGGGACUUCUGCCCAAGGAAGACCCGGAGCGCAUGUCUAUCGGCUAUGUCACAAUGGUUGGGGUCGCUGGCCCUCAGAGUCCUGACAAGUAUCCUCAGUUGAAGGAUGAGUUUUCGCAUUUUUCGCAUAUGCUGAGAAAUGACAGUAGCAGCUGGGGUGUUGGUAGUAUUGCGGACAAUCAAGUCUGCUGGUUCGUCAGCAUCCAACUCUCAGAGGCCGAGGCAGAAGAGCAUCAGGUCCGAAACUCGGAAUGGGGUCCUCAUGCAAACGAUACCAUGCUGGACCUGUAUCGAGACAAGCCAUGUCCAUGGGGAAGCAAUAUGGCUGAAAUCUUUGAUGCGACGCCCAAGGAUAUGAUCUCGAAGGUCUUUCUCGAACAAAAGAUGUUCAAGACGUGGUUCCAUAGUCGAACGGUAUUUAUCGGUGAUGCAUGCCACAAGAUGCUUCCUGGUGCCGGCGUGGGCGCAGUGAAUGCAUUGCAGGAUGUAGUUGUACUUGCCAAUUGCUUGUUCAGCAUGCCUGACAAACCCCCGGACAGCAUUAACUCCGCUUUUAAAAGCUACUGCCAGCAACGAUUCCAUCGCGCUGCUAUGGAAAUCGAGCGCAGUAAUGCAAUGUCCAAGAUUACAGCAGGCCAGGUAAAACAUCAGGCAAACCCAUAAACAAACAUAUGAGAACCGGUUGCGGGGAGGACAUACAGAUUCGAAGCCCAAGGAAUCCUGACAGUAAUGUCUCUUUAUCGUUUUGUAGACAUGGACAGAGCGACUCCUGCGACAUGUCAUUUUUAACUAUGUCCCGGACUGGGUGCAACAGUGGAGCAAUGCCAAGACUCUGGGGUAUCGGCCUCAGAUGGCAUGGCUCCCCUUGGUCGAGAACCGAGGCAGCUCCCCUGUACUGCCACAAGAGGGUCCAAGAAAGGUCGUGGGAGAACAGACGCUGGUGUUGUGAAACGUGCGCGUCGCGAAUAAACCUUACUUUCGCCACCAACUUUAUCAAACAUCCAAUGUUGUUAUUUCAAGCCACAAAAAAAAAAAAAAA